AUGGACAUUCUUGCACACAGUGGAGGAUCUCAAGACGGAGGCAGCAAAGAAAGUGACCCCAGCAAGGAUGCGGAGGCUCCCUUCAACACUGCUACGCCUGUCACAACCCAAACAUCCGCAAGUCAAAGCCCGUCAACGAGUUUGGAGGCUGGAGGAGCCCGCGGCACCGACCCGGAGAUUUUGUUCACAGGCUUCCUCUUGCAGCGGCCUGUCUCGUUGCGCACUUUGACCUCUCUUGAUGGCAAUACCGAGAACUUCUCCUUCUCAUGGACCAUGAACAACAACAGCGGCAAUAAUGUCGACAUCAACUGGAUCGCAUGGGUUGCUAGACCUACCAUGAUCUCAAGCGAAGCUGACCAAGUUAUCGUCGAUAACAUUAUAAUCAACCCCAACAUGUCUGCAGUGAACCGCGAACGCAAUUUCUUAUCCGACGACUCUAAUGGCCAGAAGGGAGUCACCAUUAAUUAUAGGCGUUGGUUAGAUUCAUUACAAAAUGGCAAAGACACAGACCAAAGACCGGAAGGCGCCGCAUUGCCAGCGGGCAAACGCCUAGCUUCUGACACCGAUUUCAUGAGGCUCCAGAUAUCGUGGACUAAACGCAGCACCCGGGAGAGCAAGAUAUCAAACACUGGCGUUUUCUUUAUUAAAAACCCAGCUGGGCUCGAAUCGGAGCCUAUUCGGCAUGAUAAUGUGACCGGGUAUGAGGAGACGGCGGGAACAAACGGAGGCGUGGCUACGAGCAUGACGCACAUCAGUAGCUUACCCACUUCCACCGACGCUCCAGACAAAAACGGCGGAGCAAAACCUACCGAGGAUACAAAUAGCAGGGGGCUAUCGACCGGAGCUAUUGCGGGCACAGUCAUCGGUAGUGCCAUAGCCGUGGUUCUUGUUGCCGGCCUCACAUGGUUCUUCCUGCGCCGGCGCCGUAACCGUAACGGGCCUUCAUUCGAUCCCCAGUACAAGACAGCUCCAUUCAUGGAGAACAAGGUUCUAUCUGCAACACAAGUUGUGGACUCUCAUCGGUCUGGGCUUUCCGAAGAUAGCGGACCUCAGGAUUAUACCACACACAACACCAACACCAGCCCGGUGGGCAUUGCGUAUGGUGGGCAAGACCAGCCAUCGCAUGACUACACCGGCAGUUUCACCAACCUGCACGAUACAGGUAUAUCCAACGGCCCUUUAAACUAUCCAGGCCACAAUCCUGACCCUACCGCAAUCGCUGCCACCCGCGGCGUGCGGGAACACCAACACGGCGCGGAUACAGACUCGGGCAGAGAGGACUCGACAUAUCCUCACAUCACGCUACCCAUACCCUCCCGAAUUCGUCACCUCGUGGAAUCACAUCACACAGACAACGAUGUCCGCCGCCUCCUUGCCGAAGAAGAUCAUCUUGAUGAAGAGAUUGCCCGUGGGUCCUAG